AUGUGUUUAGAAUACCUUGGAGUAGGUGAAGUAGAGUCAGCAAUAGAGUGUGACAGCGAGGAACUACACAUCUUAUGUCUGAAUAAGAGAUAUAUUGAAGUACAUGAAGCAUUCUAUGGACGAAGGGAGGAGGGUCUGUGUUCCAUUGGUAACAACUACUCCUACCCUCUGGAUUGCUCCUGGGAUGGUGCCGAUGUCCUGGACCUCGUUAAGAGGAACUGUGAUAAUAAAGAGGAAUGUCGACUCAAUAUCCAGCUAGCUACGGUGCUUGGAGAUCCUUGUAAUGAUGUACCCAAAUACCUAGACAUCAAAUAUACAUGUGAAGGAAUGCGUAAAAAUAUUGGGCUUCUUCAUCCAACAAACCGUAGCAGUGCACCUUCAUAUCCCAGCACAUUUGCCAAUGACGGUAGUGCCAAAAGUUCUUGCUCUGGUGGCUACUGUUUCGAAUCAGAAGAGGAGACUGCCCCUUGGUGGUUAGUGGAUCUUGGCAUCAAGCGAGAUAUUAACUACGUCAAAAUUAUCUCUUGUGGUAACUAUGUGGAUGACUUCGUUGGAGCUCAGAUCCGAAUUGGGGACAGCCCCAACUUCGUGGAGAAUCCUACAUGUGGGCGUAACUUCACGGCAGAUGACGGCCAUUAUGCCAAUAUGUAUUGCAAUCAGAUCAUGUCUGGUCAGUACGUUAGUGUCCAGGUACCAGACCGGACCUCAACACUCAGACUCUGUGAUGUCCAACUCUUGUACUUUGACAAACGUGAGCAGACAGCCGUUGCCUGCGAUGGCCAGAAGCUUCAGCUGGCGUGUGCUGCCUCUGCCAGUUUCUUCAUCAAUAUCUUGGAUGUUUUCUAUGGGAGAGCCGAAAAUGGCAAAGUUUGCCCACACAUGUUUGCGAAUCACACGUACAGUGGCGGUUGCGUAGCUUCCCGUACUACCAUUAUGGGUAUUGUGCGUGGCCGAUGCCACUUGCAGAAGUCGUGUGAGCUGGAUGUACAGGGGGAUGUUUUGGACGCGUUGGUCGCUGGAGCGGGGGAUCCGUGCCAGAGUGAGUUCAAAUACCUGGAGGUGACGUAUCAGUGCAGCCGAUAUAUUCAAGGAGAGCUAGACACUGACACUAUAGGUUUAGCCUCUAUGGAUGAAUUACUACAGUUUGGUUGUCUCGGUUUCAAGGGUGUUAUAGACAUUACUAGCGCCUACGUCAAACCAUCGACAACCAGCAUCCCACCUUGGGCUCCUCAAGAUUCAGGCAUUGACGUAAGUUCUUGCAGUGCCCAGGAUGUUAGCUCCCCUAUACACACCCAGUGUAAUAACAAGAAAUCAUGUACAGUUAAGAACAAGGAGUACUACCUAGGCUAUUCAUUCUGCGCUACCAUGCAUCAAUACCUGGAGGUCACAUUCUCUUGCAAAGCUGAUGUUUCAUCGGGAGAUAUUACGUUGAUCGGAUGCACAGGUACAGAUUAUGAGUUAAGCCUCACCUGCCCGGACGGAAAAUACAUCAAAAUACAAGACGCCUUUUACGGCCGCACUCAGGUUGGCAGCUCAUCUCUUGUCUGUCCUCACUCUGCGGGCAAGGAUGACUCAACCACUUGUCGCUCAACAGACACUCUUGAUAUUGUCAAGACAUAUUGUGAAGAUCAACGCUCAUGCGGCUUGCCCACUGAAGAGUCAUUAUUAACGGCAAGUGAUCCCUGCAAUGACGUCAAUACCAAAUAUCUGGAAGUCACAUACAACUGCCAAGAGGGUCGUCCGCUGAAUGACAUUACAUUGUACUCCUGUGAGGACCAUGCUGAUUUAUUCUUGGAGUGUCCGGUCGAGGCUAGUCACAUCAGAAUUAUCUCUGCAGAACUUGGAAGAUCUGAGGAUGGAAUGCGAUGCCAUUUUCGAGACAACUAUCCUGGGGCUGUGAUGUACACCGAGUGUCAAACGCCAGACGUCUUGAUACCUGUAAGGGAUACCUGCACUAAUGAACGAAACUGCACAGUGCCAAACUACUGGGCUAACUACACCAAUGAAGAGCCUUGCUUUGGUAUCUACAAGUAUCUACAGGUCACCUACAGAUGUUUAUUGGAUGUGGCUGACUAUAACCCAAAGGAGGCAUCCAUGUUUUUCAUCAAUCCUCGCCCCACUCUGAAGAACUUUCGUCUGAACAACCAUGUCAUCAGUACCAGCCAAGAACGUAAUAUCCUGUCCUGCAUGAACGCUUGCCUGGCUCUUCACGAUUGCGUCUCCUUUAACUUUAGAACGAAAAGAGGCAACGCGGGGCAUGUGUGUCAGCUUAACGAUGCUAUAGUAGAGGAAGCUGAGUCAGACUUUACUUAUGUUAAUUAUUUUAUUUAUUUCCAGAGAGAUUCUUACCGCCAGCAUUAGGUUUGCAUUCAUCUAUAGUCUAGAGUUCAUCCAUGAAAACAACAAAUUGUUUAAGAGAAAUUAUGCAAAUAUCUAGCGUAAAUGAAUUAUGCAAUACUUUAGUUACCACUCAGUAGAUUUAUAAAUUAACAGUCAUAAAACUUAAGCCUGGUUCAUACUUCCUGUGAAUGCAAAUGCGAAGCGAAUGUUGACGUCACAAAUUCGCAAGGAAUA